AACUUGCAAAAGCUUGGACCUGGUUAUUUUCGUGGGUACCAUCACUCUGCAAACAACGAUGCAUUAGUCUUCAUUGACAAUCCUGCCACUCAGAGGGAAAAUUGGGAAAUUAUGACAUACAAAAACAAUACGAUGAGAAUCGGAAAUAACACAACAAUAUAUCAACGAUACAACUAUGCAGUCGCGUUCAUGUUGGCAUGGCCCUACGGUGUUCCCAGAGUUAUGAGCAGCUACUAUUUCAACGAUGCAGAUCAGGGACCGCCAAGCGCGGGCCCUGCGGGAAGUUUUGAGACUAGUUCACCAACUUUCAAUGAAGAUCUGACCUGCGAAGAAAGUUCCGGUUUUGUAUGUGAACAUCGCUGGCCACUUAUCAGAGAGAUGACGAAAUUCCGAUCAGUGACGGAAGGCGCAGAAGUAACUGAGGUAGUCACACGAUUCCGGGCCCUCGCUUUUGCACGCAAAGGAAAAGGGUUCUUCGCCAUUACAGAAAGCUGGGUUCCAUUCACAAAAGUUUAUCAAACAACGCUGCCUGAAGGCCAGUACUGCGAUGUAUGGACUGGAUAUCUCAAAGAUGGCGCAUGUACGGGAAAAACAAUCACAAUCGGCAGUGACGGCACAGCAGAAAUACCUGUCUAUCCAGUGGUAGCCAUCUCGCUUGCCUCAAAGAUUGGAUAUGAACCGGGACCGGAUCCGCCAGUGCCUACACAUCCUCCAGGGCCACGAACAUCGCGCAAGCCAAUACCUACAAAGACACCAGGACCACAACCGCCGACGGAACCUCCUAAGCCAGAGUCGACAACUCCCAGGAAGGAGCCAACAACACCCAAGCCGCAGCCAACAACACCCAAGCCAGUGCCAACCACACCUAAGCCACAGCCAACAACUGCGAAGCCGAAGCCACCAACGACACCAGAACCACUGCCACCCACCGCUCCACCUGUCGGCUACAGCAAGACUGUGAUCUUACUCCAAAUGAAUACCAGAGUUGGUGAAUACGUCUUUGUUCGCGGUGGAACCAGCCACCUCAAUAAGGGAGCAUGCGCGCCCAGCCCUUAUCAGCAGGAAACGGAUAAGUGCGCUAUCCCCAUCAAACACACCACCACAGUUCCCAGCAACUUCCUCGAAUAUAUCUACUGGAGUCAAGGAGAUAACUACCUCGACUUUGCAGGACCGGAAAGGAGUCAAGGGUUGUUCAACGGUCGUCAAUCAUCCGGUACUCCUCUGGCAUAUUCGAGCAAUAACCCGUCGGACAAGGAAUAUCAACCAUACAAUAAGUAUGGUAGAGGCUACUGGAUUGCGGAGAUAGUUAUGGACUGCUCAAAGACUGACAAUGGAUGGUUUGAAAUGAAAGGUUUUCUAUAUCCAUAUAACCGCUGGGAGAAUGACAUACAUCAAGGCAUUUGUACUGGUAGUGUCGGAGGCUCUGCUCCAUUCCAAAGUAUCAAUCAUAUUGGAAAAUGUGGAGCCGUCAACGUCUUUCAUUGGGGAAAUGGUGCAUGCACUAUUGAUGCACUUUGAUGCG